CCCCCUCGUCCCCUCCGGAGGGGCGGGCGCGCUGCGGGGGGCGGUGACUCGGCUCCUGGGCGGAGCGGGGGCCGCCUGGGGCCCCCCGGGCGCAGCGCUGACUGGGGGGGGCUGGGGCGGAGUCCCCCCCCCCAGUUUGGCGGAAAGUGAGUGAUGAGUCUGUGUCCCUAGCAAAGAGGCAAAGAACUUGCUGUGCAGCCUGAGUAGUUGUUUCUUUCGAUUCUUGUUGUGGCUUUUUUUCCUUUCCUUUCCUUUUCUUUUUAAAUUGCGCUGCUCGGGGUGGGCUUGCCUGAGGGGAGGGGGGGUUGGUUGGUGGCUGCGGAGGAAAAACCAAACCCCCCCCCCCCACACACACACACUCCUCCUCCUCCUCCUCCCCCCCGAGAGCCAACGGAACAAAAACAAAAGAAACUUCGCCGGGCUCCGAAAGUGGCAGCAAAGUGCCUGGCAAGUUGCGGGGAUGGAGCGACAGAGCUUGCAAGAGGCGUUAAAAGUGGAAAUCCAGUGUCACCAGAAACUAGUUGCACAGAUGAAGCAAGAUCCACAGAACGGUGAUCUUAAGAAACAAAUCCAUGAAAGGCAAUCAAGAAUAGCAGCUCUUAAUGAAAAACAACUCCCACCUAAAGUCGUAUCUGCUUCUAUAGAAGGCUGCAUCAUUCUCUCUGAAAAGCAGAAGCUGGCGGUGCGGAGCUGCCCCGCGGCGGUGCUGGUGGGAAGCGGGGGCAGCGGAAACACCAAGCCCGGCGGCGGGGUCCCUGCGCUUCUCAAAGCGCCCGCCGGCGGCGGCGGCGGCAGCCAGAGCCAGAGCCAGAGCCUGGCCAUCUCCGUCCUGCCGGCCAAGGCGCCCAUCGCGAUGGUGACCGCGCACAUCAACGGGGGGCUGGGCUGCAGCGCGGCCGGCGUGGAGCCCCCGCAGAGCGCCCCCAUCAACCUGCAGACCACGGCCAAGCUGGUGACCGCCCGGAGAGCGCCCGAGCUCGGCUCCCGCUCCCAGGCUUUGGGAACUAUCACUACAGUGCCCAUUAAAGUUCCUCAGGUCAGCUCCUUGCAGAGGUUGGCAGGACAAGGACCAGCAGUGCUACCUCAGGUUAGGCCAAAGACCCUGAUUCCAGACAGCCUUCCUAUUUCCUCAUGCAGAGACCAACUUUCCAAACAGCCUCCUACUUUCCAAAAGGCAACAGUAGUGAGCAUCAAAAACCCUAGCCCUGCCCUCCCCACUGCCAAUAAUACUGUCAGCCAUGUACAGACGCCUAAUAGCCAAUCACAAAGUGUGGCCGAGUCUACAUCUAUCUCAUCACCUCUGAGCAGUGCAGGUGUGGCCUAUGCCAUUAUAUCCACCUCCCCCAACAAUGCAACUCCUAUCAGCACGAGCGCUACCGUCUCUGUGGUCAACGAUAGCAUCAAAGUGCAACCACUCCUCAUUAGUGCCGACAGCAAGGUUAUCAUCAUUCAGCCUCAAGUCCAGACCCAGACAGAAAAUAAAGUGGAAACAAAGAAACCUUCUGAAGAGUUACCUCAGGGACCCCCUGCUACCAAAAAGAAAAAGGAGGAAAAUCCAGAGAAAAUUGCCUUUAUGGUAGCAUUAGGCCUGGUUACAACAGAACACUUGGAAGAAAUCCAGAGCAAGCGUCAGGAAAGAAAGAGAAGAAGCACAGCAAAUCCAGCCUACAGCGGACUCUUGGAAACUGAGCGGAAACGCCUUGCAUCAAAUUAUUUGAAUAACCCCUUGUUCCUUUCAGCAAGAGCAAAUGAGGAUCCAUGUUGGAAGAAUGAAAUCCACCACGAUGAACACUGUACAGCAUGUAAGCGUGGCAUUAACUUGCAACCAUGUGGCACAUGUCCAAGAGCAUAUCAUCUCAAUUGCUUGGACCCUCCUCUUAAAACUGUCCCCAAAGGGGUUUGGGCCUGCCCAAAGUGCCAACAAAAGGUAUUAAAGAAAGAUGAAAAUGUGCCAUGGACUGGAACUCUGGCUAUUGUUCAUUCCUAUGUUACUCAUAAAACAGUCAAAGAAGAAGAGAAGAGAAAAUUAUUAAAGAAAGGCAGCGAGCUGAAGAGCGAACAUAGACAGUUGGAAGAGAAAGAGAGACUUCUCAACAAUGCGGUUAAAAAAUGCUUAGAGCUAAAAAACAGCCUGUUGGCCCAGCAGAAAGGGACUCAGUCAUCGCUGGAACGUCUCAAAACUCUCAUUAGACUGAUACAAAAUGAGCAGAUGAUUCAGGUUACCAUGACAACAACCACCACCUCCUCCCUGCUAACUGUCCCCUGGAUCAAACCCUCAUCGGCCUCUGCUGCCAAGCACAAAGCCUUGCAGCAAUCACAGGACAAAUUUAAAAAAGGAAACUAUGGAAGGUUGAACAUGUGAAGAAUUUCUGAAGACGUGUCUUGGACUGUUAAAAGUAGUUAUUUUGAAAAGGGGACUGUCCAGUGGAUAGUGUGCAUAGAAAAAAAGUGUUUGUCUUAAAUAUGCCAAUGUAGUUUUACUUCUUUAUGAUGCAUUAAACUUGACUGACAAUUUAA